AGGUCCUCGUGCAGAUCUACGUCACAGCACUUCGCAGUUGGAAGAAAAACGUUUGAUAGAGGGAAAGAUGUGACAUCAAAACAACAACAAUUUGUCGGACCGAACAAAGGGACAGCUCAUGGACAAUAUCCCCCGGUUGUCUUUGGACUAUUAACAAUCCAGAAACAGUAGAAACAGUAUUUUCGAAAAUUUCAGAAAGGGGGUUUGUUCAGAAAAGCACUCGCCCGGGUUUGACAGCACUGCACGCAGCUCUCAACCGUUUCACAGCUUGUAAACAGAUCCUCACACGUGACGCUGGGAACCAUGGCUCUGCAUUGUCUGUAGUCGCACAAAGGGAGCCAGCCAGCACACGUAGCAGGCGGGUGAAGAGUUGACAAGCAUGCCAAUUUACGAUAAUAAGACUCUGACGCUUUUUGUGUCUGUUUUGUUCUUAUGGAUGUAGGUGAGCUUUUUACGGAAAUAUUUUCUUCAACUUGAUGUCUGAUUUGAGGAAAAUCUGCGCAACGUUCAGAGGGUAAUCAACUCUCCAGGCUUGUAAACAAAGCUAGCUACGGCUUGUUUUCUGUAAUAUUUUUGGUUAGCUAGCUAGCUAGUCUUUUUAGCCUCAACGGCGAACUGUGAAAAGGGGUAUUUGUGUGUGAGCUCGCUAGCUCCGUUUUUACUGGCUGGAUGAGAUGUCAUUCAUGAUGGAGGAUUCUGUAGAGUCGGACUGGGUGGCGGUUCGACCAAAUGUUUUCGACGAAAAGGAAAGACACAAAUUCAUUUUCAUCGUCGCAUGGAACGAGAUCGAGGGAAAGUUCGCCAUAACCUGCCACAAUAGAACAGUACAGAAACGGACUGCGUUUCGGGAGUCGCUAUUGGAAGCUGUCGAGUGCGACCUCGUAUCCCCGGUCACCGUCAAACUAGCCCCCGAGGCAGACAAACACAAAACUCCACUAAAAAGUCCAACCAAAAGGAAAGAUGACAUAUCCGCAUUGGUUAAAGUUAGAUCUAACGUCAGCCCGAAAGGAAAAACCCCGACAAAGAGCCCCAUACGAGAGAGAACGGCCGCGGUGGGUGGCUCGUCAAGGCCAGCCGAGAGUGUUAUCAAAACACUGGGGUCGUGGGACAUUGUGUCCUGCAAGGUGACCGACAUUGAGGUCCUGGAACCAGCGGAUGUCCCUGGUUUGCCUCGCUCCCCGAAUGAUGGCGACGGAGAGGAGUCAGACAGCAGCCGAGAGGGGUACAGCUGGGCCGGGCUAUUCUCCUUCCAGGACGUCCGGGCAGCCCACGUUCAACUCUGCGCUGUCAACUCGGACCUGGAGCCCUGUCUGCCCCCCUUCCCUGAGGAGCCGGCGGGCAUGUGGACGGUGAUAUUCGGGGCCCCCGAGCUGUCCGAACGGGAAACGGAUGCCCUGUGUUACCAACUACAGGUGUACCUGGGCCAUGCUCUGGACACCUGCGGCUGGAAGAUCCUUGCCCAGGUGCUAUUUACGGAGAGUGAUGACACAGAAGAGUACUACGAGAGUUUGAGUGAGCUGAGACAGAAAGGAUAUGAUGAUGCUCUCCAGAGGGCCAAGAAACGUCUCCAAGAGCUGCUGGAGAGGCACCGGGCCAUGGAGAGUAUGGUGGAGCUGCUGCAGGUGUAUCCAGAGGAGGACGAGGCCUAUGGAGAGUUACUGGAGGCUACAACACAACUCUACCACUACCUACUACAGCCGUUCAGAGACAUGAGAGAACUGGCCAUGCUGCGCAGACAGCAGAUCAAGAUCUCCUUGGCUACGGAGCGUCUGGGGCCUCGUCGUGUGGAGGGGCUGAGGAGGGAGGAUGAGGAGUGGACGAGGAAGGCUCACGCUGCCGUCCUCUCCAUACAGGACCUUACCGUCAAGUUCUUUGAGACUACCGCCAGGGCUCAGAAAGCGGUGUACGAGCGGAUGCGUGUGGACCAGAGGAAGUUUGGCAAGUCGACGUGGGCUGCAGCCGUGGACCGCAUGGAGCGUCUGCAGUACGCUGUCUCCAAGGAAACGCUGCAGCUGAUGAGGGCCAAGGAGAUCUGCCUGGAGCAGAGAAAACACGGCCUGAAAGAGGAGAUGCAGAGCCUGCAGGAGGGAGAGAAUGCUAUGCAGCGGUUGGACCAGAUGGAGGCGCUGUACUAUGAGCUCCAGCUGCAACUCUAUGACAUCCAGGCUGAGGUGCUGCGCUGUGAGGAACUGCUGCUCAACGCCCAGCUCACCAGCCUCCGCAGACAGAUCACGGAGCGGCAGGACGAGGUGGUGUACUAUGAUGCGUAUGAGAGUCCUGAUGCAAUGCGGGGGGUAGAGGACCCCUCUGCCCCUCUUCCCCCACUCAGAGACAAGCUCAGCCAGCUGCAGCAGAGGACCAGACAGCUAGAGGCACGCAGGGGACGCAUCACCGCCAAGAAGGCCUACCUUAAAAACAAAAAGGAGAUCUGUAUCAUCAACCACAACCAGAAGAUACAGCAACGCCAAGGUAGUCAGGACGACCAGAUCCAUCAAGCACUGCAACAGCGAGGGGAGGAGCAGGAGGAAGAGGAGGCGAGGAGUAAUGCCAGAAUGAGUCUGGAUAGAUCGAGAACUCUGGACAGACUACGCAUUUUCAAACAGCGUUUCCCUGGUCAGGUGACUUUGAAGUCCAGCAGACUGCAUAUGUCCCACGGCCACUCCCGGAGGAAAACCACCUCUCCCCUCUCCCCAACGAGGAGGCCUGAGACCCUGGCUGCCAGUGUCCAGACAGACACCGUUGACCUCCCUGAGCUCUCUGUUCCACCCUCUGAUGCCUGUGGUUACCAGAGUGUCUCUCUACCCCCGCUAGGGGGCGCCACUGGGCCUCGCUCUGCCGUCUCCUCUCUAUCUCCCCUCUCGGCACUCCCCUCCUCUGCCCCUCCACCCCCUCCCCCUCCUCCUCCCCCACCCCCUCCUUCCUUAGAGGACCUCUCCAGUGAGGGAGGGGAGCGGGCUCACCCCACUAGCCCAGUCCGGCAGUCCAAGGCUGGGUCGGAUUCAGAGCCUCUCCCCCUGGCUCCCUUCUCCCCACGGUUCUUUGACAGCAGUCAGCUGCAGACAGCCAGGAAGAAACUGAAGAAGACAGCCACGCUGGACUCCUCACAAUGGAGGAGAGCGAGUUCUCCCAUGGACGAGGUCCUGAACUCCCUGAAGAGAGGCAGCUUCCACCUGCGUAAGGCUGAGCUGAGAGUCCUAGCCCCCGACCCAGACGAUGACGAGAGCAACAACAUCCUGGCCCAAAUCCGGCAGGGCGUCCGGCUGAAGAAGGUGCGGACGCGGCCGGACCAGCAGCGGCACACCAAGGGCUCGUUCCCCCACUCUGCCGACGCUCUGACCCGCUCCAUCCACGAAGCCCUGAGACGUAUCAAGGAGGCUUCGCCUGAGUCUGAGUCUGAGGACGAAGGCCUGCCCUGCACCGACUGGGAGAACUAGAUACGAGAUACACACACCUGGUCGGAGUCUGAGGACGAGGGCCUGCCCGGCACCGACUGGGACUCUGACCUUUGAUCUCAGCCACUACCAUCUACUAUUUCUGGUUCCACAUUGACAGACUGAAAGCUGAGUAGAGAUGUUUCCUGAGUAGAGAUGUUAGCUAUUUCUUACUAUUUUUUCUUGUCUUUGUAAUGGACCACUAGCCUUUGCUCCUGGCUUUCUGUGUUGUGCUGACUCCUCACGCUCUAAAUGAAGUCAAGCACUUUGAGAACCUAGUAAUGAAAGUCACUAUGUAAAAGCAAUUCCUUCACUCGAUUCCUUCUUUGUCCUGGACCAAGCGGGGGAGUAAGGCUCCUUGUCAGUGCACCGACUGGAGAGCUAGGGUUCUGGGAUCCCUUAUAUAGAAUGAACUAUAAGAGGUUGGAGAGGUUAGGUUGCUGUGGCGAGUUUGUUUUCCGUUUGACAGGAUUGAGUGUUUUCUUUAAUGUUAAUUCAAACCCCCAUAGAAUAAGGUGUUAUUGUUUGGCUGGAACAAAAAGCCUUCACUCACACUGUCCAGCCAUCUGCGGGUGAGCGUGGCAACCCCUGGUGUCGAGAAGUCAUGAUGAUAUUGUUCUCUGUAAAACCAGUGCCCUUUACAGCCAGCUGAUCUGUUCAGCUCUACACAGACAUGUGUCAUUCAUUCCAUACUCAUAUUCCAUCAUGUAGUGUGUUGUUUCUGUUGAUGGUUUUUAAAGUGUGCUUUUACAUUAUUUUUAAGGUCGUUUUUAUUUAGGAGUGUUUAUUUUCUUUUUUUUCACUGCUUUGUUUUCACUGAUAUAAUUUUUCAUAUGAGUCCACUAUUACAGUGGAGUCGCUUCACCUUUUUAUCCAGACCUGAUUGUUUUAUCUGUGUUGUAUCUAAGAGCUGUGUCAAAACUGAGACUUUUCCUAUAGGAACAAUCUCUAUGUUUACUGUAAUGAAUCAUGCACUGAGUAUGAAGGACAUGUUGAAGAGAGAAUGAUUAACUGAGUAUGAAGGACAUGUUGAAGAGAGAAUGAUGAACUGAAGGAGUGUACAACUGCUGUCCAAGUUGACGUUUGGCCAGGUCAAAGGUGGUAGUACUGUAUUUUUCCGGUCUUGAAAAACGCUCAGAGAUAGAAAUGUAUGGUGCAGAACUGAAAUGAUUGUCUGUCAUGUAGAAUAGGGAUCUUGUCAGCUCUAUUCAUUAUAUUUCUAUCUGUGCGUUUACCUCACUGAAUCCACCAGUGGUGUGGUACUGGUAACUAACCACAGUGAGUCAGUGGGCUGAGCAUAUGGGGCUCAUGCUUCAUGUUGUGUCUUCAUGGCAAGUGGUCAAAACACAAUUGUGACUUUCUGCAGCGUCCGCAUAUCUCUGACUGCGUCUCUGUAGUCUGAAGUGGCUUCUUCUCCUUCAUCUGCACUGAUCUAUAAACGAUGGGUAGGUGACAGCAACACAGUGGAAUGACUCAGAGGAAUUAGCUUUCCACUGUACAGAUUUUUUAGUGCAGAUGAGGAGAAGUCUAGGAUUGUAGAGGCAGCCAUUUUAGGUAUAUUGAGAUGCCCCCGUCCUAGUCCUGUCUCAUGUUCUCUGUAGACAUACACAGUACAAACCUGUCUGUUGGAAAAUCACUUCAAUUUUUCAGUCAGUUUUCUUCCUCAUUGUAUUUGGGGUCUUUGUAUUUUGUUUAUUUUAUACCUAUCUUUGUUAUACAUGAUCUGUAAAAUAUUUUAUGUAUUAUUCAUUUCCAUCUCUUCUUUAUGUAUUUAUCUAACACUACAGUUUGACCUAUAACCUUUUUGACUUGUAUGACCUUAUGCAUGUGGCUGGCCUGGUCUGAUUUGAAGAUGAGUCCGUCACUAGAUAAGUGCAAUAUUAUAUUGAACUGAAAAAUGUAAUGUAUUAUAAUGUAAUGAAGUGUACAUCCUGAAAAUACAUCAGCAUGCUUAAAAACAUCCUAAGUAUUUGAGUAAAAAACGUCAUGAUUUAAGAAAUGGAGUAAGGAUUUAUAAAGCAAUACCAUAAAAAAAAUUGUGCUUAAGAUGGUUUUUUUUUCUCCAUUUUACUCUGGUCUUUUACUGUCAUUGCAUUCCUAACUGCUUUAUAUAUCCCAGUUAUUUUUUCCCUUCAAAAUAAAACCAAGUACCAAAAUGUC